GUUUUUGUUUUCUCUUUCGUGAUUAGUGGCUAUUAGGGUCUUCUCUUGUUUUCUUUUUGGUUCCUGAGACUGGAAUGUUACACAACAGCAAAAGCAGAAUUUGCACGACAAAGAUGUCUCAGCAGUGGAUUCCAUCACUUUGAAAUAAGUAACCUACAAAAAUGGAUUAUAUCUUCAAAAACUCCAUUGCUACAUCAUUAUCGCGAUGAAUUCUAUAUAAAAUUAAGGGCGAGAAUCUAUAACAUGCAGAGAGGUAGAAACGACAGAGAGGAAUCUGCCAGCACAGGUGGACCUUUUGAUAGUUUUAGGAGAUUUGGAGGCCUUGGACAUGAAAGGAGCUUGAUGUCUCAUAUUUUUGAAGGAAGGGAUCCAUUUGAUGAUCCAUUCUUUACUCGCCCUUCUGGCAGCAUGUUUGGUUCUAGCUUGUUUGGUUCAGGGGUUCCUUUUGGAGAUUCACCACAUGUUAUUAGAUCAAACUUGAAGGGGCCAAUUAUUGAGGAACUACAUAUGGAAGAAGAAGAAGAAGAAGAAGAGGAGGAGGAGGUUGAUGGUGCAGAUGUUAACAAGGAUAAACGUAAAGCUAAAAUGAAUAUUGCAGCAAACAAACAUCCACAUGUUGAGCACCCAGAUGACAAAGCUGAUGGAAGUAUUUACUAUGAUUUGCUAGCAGAGACAAAGAGCAAGGCUGUGAUUCACAGCAAUGUCAACAAGAAGUUUGAAGGGACAACGCCCGAGGUUCGGAGUGUCAGCUUUCAGAAAGUCACAUAUGGUGGUGUAAAUGGGGCUUAUUACACUGCUACAACAACCCGAAGUACCGGCAAUGAUGGAGUGGUGCUUGAAGAUUGCAAACAAGCUGAUAAAACAACAGGUCAAGCAACGCACAGGAUCUCUAGGGGAAUACAUGACAAGGGCCAUUCUUUGACUAGGAAGCUUACUUCUGACGGCAAGGUGGACACCAUGCAGACAUUGCAUAAUUUGAAUGAAGAUGAGCUUACCGGUUUCGAACAAGCUUGGAAAGGUAAUGCUGAAGGGCAAUUCCAUGGUUUGCAUGAAGGUUUCAAUUUCAACAGUACUGCUGGGUCGAGCGGCGGCGGAUGGCGCGGGAAUAGUUGGCUGAUUCCUGUCAGAGGGUUAGGGUUUUCUGAAGGGGGCAGACGAAUGGGAGGGCAUAGUGAAAGUGGGACGCGUCCUUCCUCUGGAGGCAGGCCUAAGAAAGUGGUGACUAUCAAUAUCGAGUGAGAGAGAAGGCCACUAUAUGCCGAGAGAGAAAAAGAAAAAUAAAAAACAAAAAGCCACCACUAUCCGCAGCAGCAGUUGUGAUAGUAGAAAGGGAAGUUAUUGGAACUGCUAUUCUGCAAUUCACAAUAUAUAUGUAGUUUGGAAUGUGUUAAGCACCUCUAAGUCUAAGCUCAUUUCACUGAGAAAGGUCAUCUUGUCUUCUCUUGUAUUUUCGGCAACUAUGUCAUUUCGGUUACCUACAUUCAACUUGUCAACCUGAAAUUGGAACAUUUACGGUUGGAAAAUGUUACUUGCACAAUUUGGGUGACAA